CAUUUCUGUUCGCCCUAAGCCAACCUACUCUCCGGACUUCUCUCUCCUGUCCUCUUCUACGCCUCUAAAAUCUUAUCUCCUUCUAUUCUGAGUCCAUGGCCGACACAUCUCAAACCAGACCCAGCGCUGGAGUUAACCGCCGUCCUCCCAGCAGGCUCCAACGCAGAGCUCCCUCCUCUUUGCAGAUCAGUCCGGCAGCCGAUUGGAAAGUUGCGAUACCGCUAUUGUCGCCGCUGGCCACAUCGCCGUCCUCGCCGAAACUGAUUGAUCGGACGGCGGAGGUGAAGCCUAAAGAGGAGCCGCGGCAGAUGAAGGAGGGGGAGAAGCCAGUGUUCAAGAAGUGGCAGCACCCAGCGGCUCCGUUCUGCUAUGAGCCGGCGUCGUUUGUACGGUCGUUCGUGCCGGUGUAGAUCAAUCGGCGCUGGUUAUUAUCAGAUCUUAUCGGUGUGGUGGUUAACAACUCUGAUCAGCGGCACUCAGUUUUUACAUUUUCCUACAAUUGAUCUUAUCCUUGUGCAUAUAAACCUAAUUUGGCACAUACCUUUUUUAUUCUUCCUUUCCAAUUUUCAUGUAUGACAUAUUACUAACAAAUUUGACAAAUUCUUCAUUUAUUC